UUGUGGAUCAGCAAGUCUCUCUGCAAACAUGGUUCUCCCCAAUGACAUUGAUUUGCUCAACCCUCCAGCCGAGCUUGAAAAGAAGAGGCACAAACUUAAGCGUUUGGUGCAGUCUCCAAAUUCAUUCUUCAUGGACGUGAAAUGCCAAGGAUGCUUCAAUAUAACUACCGUAUUUAGUCACUCCCAAACUGUUGUGGUUUGUGGGAACUGCCAGACGGUCUUGUGCCAGCCGACGGGAGGACGAGCUAGGCUCACGGAAGGAUGCUCAUUCAGGAAAAAAGGAGACUAAGUGUUGUUCUGCUUUUUCCUUUCUCAGUUACGUGCUAGUUGAGAUCGUAUUGGUUAGUUUCGGGAUGGAAAAGAAAUGCUGAGCUUUUGAUUUUUGUCCUAUUAUGAGAUUUUGUUCUAAAAAUUAUUGACAUUACUUUCAACACUUGGUGUCUCCUGUAGUCUUGUUUGGUACGAUGGAAUUGGAUUUCACUUGAAAGUGCAAUUAAAUAUAUUUCCUUGAU